AUGAAAACACAAGACACUGGCCUCACCAUCACAGAGAAUCACAAUACACUGAUUACCUGUCAACUAGGCAACACUGAAGACAUCGUGUACACAAACACAUACUCGGAAACGAGGACACGAGAUGAAUUUAAACCCACCAUGCUCUCUGUAACAAAACCUUCCAAACCCUGUUUCUUGUACAAAGUGAUCAACAUCAGUGGCGUAAAAGGAGCAACUCGAUGUGCUCUGUUCACAUUCAGUUAUUUCAAGGACUUCGUUAACUCUGUCAAGCAGGAACCUAGGCAGCAACUUAGGCAGCGAGUUAUCGCUGUUAAGGACUUGAUCAAACAGCUGCCAAAGCCCAAUCAGGAUACGAUGCAGAUUCUCUUUAGACAACUCAAGAGAGUCAUAGAAAAUGGAGAAAAGAACCGGAUGACCUACCAGAGCGUGGUCAUCGUGUUUGGGCCCACCCUGAUGAAGCCUGAGGAGACGGGGAAUAUUGCUGUGCACACGGUCUACCAGAGCCAGAUCAUGGAGCUGAUUCUCCUGGAGCUCAGCUCCAUCUUCGGACGCUGAUUCUUGCUGAAAGUCCCUGCAGACAGAAGCCGGCUCCUUCAGAUUUCAGAUCCUUAGACCUGGUAGGUUUUUUUUUUUUUUUUUUUUUUUUUUUUUUUUUUUUUUUUGGUUUGGUUUGUUUUUGGACCAAGCAAUGACUCUUUGAUCUUGCACUUUUUUUUUUUUCCCUUGAUGGGUUAGGAGGGACAGGAACAUCAGGCUGUGUGCCAGGCCCUUGCUGUUGCCCUCCCUUGCUAGCUGAUUUUUUUUUUUUUUCAAAUCCAUGUGUAUCAGUUCUUUAGACUUGACAAAUUAGUGAAACAAUCUGAAGCCGAGAAGUCGUAAGGUAUAUCCUCCAAGAAAUACUACUCUGCAAUCAAAAAGUUGAUAUUGGUAUGCAAUAGAUGGGGCUAGAUGUGAUGAUGAAAGACAAAAAUAUACUAAUUUUUAAUGAAAUUUAUGUUUUAGUAACCCAUGAAUUAGUGUGCUAUUCUGACUGAUAUAAGUGGUGUCCUCUAUGUGGCAGUCAUGGUGAUCCCAUCUGCAUCAGUGUCUCUCUUCACCUAUAUAGUAGAGAGUUUUCUGAGUAACUGGUACAAAUUAUAGUUUUAAAAGAACAGCUGUUUUCACAACAUUGUCCUAAUUAUUGUAUUUCUCAUGGUACCUUCCAACUUUGUA